GCCGUGCGGCCACACAGAGAGGCACGUGCCCUAGGGCUGUCAGCCCUCCAGGAUUGUCCUGGAGUCUCCAGCAAUUCAAGGUUAAUCUCUAAUUAACGAUUAUGUCAUGUGAUGGAACCUCCAGGCAGACAUCCAACCAAAAUUGGGAACCCUACUAUCCCAGCAUGCCGUGCGGCCCUGCAGAGAGGAUUUCCAUAAGGCUGGAAUCCUUUGUUUGAUUCCCCCGCCUCCCAGUGGAGAAGUUCAGCAUUCCAGCCUCGGCCUAGGAGCAGCCAGGACAGGUUGCUGCUUGCAGGGAGCUGCCCAAGGGUUCACUUGGGUGUCACGGGAGAUGGAGGCCACUUUGCCAGCAGUGGCAGAGCAGCUUUUGAAAGAGAUACAAAAGGCUUUCCAGGAGACCGCGCAUGUUCCUGAUGAUCUCCUGUUGGCGCUGAAAUUUGUAUUUGGCUCAUCUGCUGUGGCAGCCUUGGAUUUGGUUGAUCAACAUUCAGUCACGCGAAUCGUGUCUUCUAGUGGAAGGGCUGUGUACCAGGUCCUCGGGAGUUCAGGCAAACUGUACACCUGUUAUGCUUCCUGCCACUUCUGCACGUGCCCUGCAUUUGCUUUCUCCGUGCUGCGGAAGAGCGACAGCCUGGUGUGUAAGCACAUCCUUGCCAUGUACCUCAGCCAGGCCACCGGCACAUGCCAAGAGCUAUCUGUCUCUGACCAGCAGCUGGCAAGCAUCUUACUGGCUGAGGAAGAGGAGGAAGGAAGAAGGACUUUGGACCAUGUGCUUACACCCUCUCUCCUGCAACGCCUCCCUGGCUCCUCUGAGGUACAUCGACAAGCAUUACUAACAUCCCUAAGGCAAGCAAGCGUUGAUCAAGGCAGUUAGUUUUCCUCCCAAGCUGAAUUUAGGCUGGAAAUUAUUUAGCAGCCAUGCACUGUUGUGUUGUAAUAAAUGUUACGGAGCCUCAUAACAUGAGGCUGAGA